AUGGUUUCUGCUUCCAAGGCGGCUCGUCUGGCCAAGCGUGCCGAGACUGGCGAGAAGAAGGCCGCUAAGAAGGGCAAGAAGGAUGACCCUGAAGGUGAGGAGCCUGCCGAUGAGCAGCCCGCCACCACCACCGAGAAGAUGAAGGAAGUCGAGAAACUCACCGCACAGAUGGACAAGCACGGUCUUUCUGACCGUGUUACCACCGGUGUGCUUUCAUCUCUGCCCGCCUCUCGCGACGUUAAGGUCACCUCUGCCUCCCUUGUGUUCCACGGAAAGGUCCUCAUCACCGAUUCCACUCUCGAGCUCAACUUCGGUCGUCGCUACGGUCUCCUCGGUGAGAACGGUUGUGGAAAGUCUACCCUUCUCAAGUCUAUUGCGACUCGCGAAUUCCCUAUCCCGGACCACAUCGAUAUUUACCUGCUCAAUGAGGGCGCCCCUCCUACUGAGUUCGGUGCCCUCGAGUGGGUCGUUCGAGAGGCCCAGGCCCAGCUUGAAAGCAUGGAGAAGAAGGCCGAGGAGAUUCUGGAGCAGGAGGGCCCCGAGAGCCCUAUCCUUGAGGAUCUUUACGAUCGUAUGGACAAGAUGGAUCCCUCAACUUUCCACACUCGUGCCUCUCUCAUCUUGACCGGUCUUGGUUUUAAUAAGGUUACCAUUAACAAGAAGACUAAGGAUAUGUCUGGUGGCUGGCGUAUGCGUGUCGCUCUUGCCAAGGCCCUCUUCGUCAAGCCCUCCCUGCUGCUUCUUGAUGACCCCACUGCCCAUUUGGAUCUUGAAGCCUGUGUGUGGUUGGAAGAGUACAUGAAGAAGUGGGACAAGACUCUGAUCCUUGUCUCUCACUCCAUGGAUUUCUUGAACGGUGUCUGCACCAACAUGAUUGACAUGCGCGGUAAACAGCUCCUCUACUACGGUGGUAACUACGACUCCUACCACAAGACUCGCUCCGAGCAGGAGACCAACCAGAUGAAGGCCUACACCAAGCAACAAGAAGAAAUUCAGCACAUCAAGAAGUUCAUUGCUUCUGCUGGUACAUACGCUAACUUGGUGCGCCAAGCCAAGUCUCGCCAAAAGAUUCUCGACAAGAUGGAGGCCGAUGGUUUCAUCCAGCCCGUUAUUCCCGACCGUGUCUUCUCCUUCCGCUUUGCCGAUGUCGAGAAGCUUCCUCCUCCUGUCCUGUCGUUCGACGAUGUCAGCUUCUCGUACUCCGGUGAAUGGAGUGACACUCUGUACGAGCACCUGGACUUCGGUGUUGACAUGGACUCCCGUACUGCUCUGGUCGGCCCCAACGGUGUUGGAAAGUCAACCCUUCUGCGUCUCAUGACCGGCAAGCUGAGCCCCAUCGGUGGCCGCGUUUCUCGUCACACCCACUUGAAGCUCGGCAUUUACUCCCAGCACUCGGCUGAACAGCUCGACCUGACUAAGUCUGCCCUCGAGUUCGUUCGUGACCGCUUCCCCGAGAAGUCCCAGGACUACCAGUACUGGCGCCAACAGCUCGGCAAGUAUGGUCUUUCCGGUGAGUCCCAGACCGCAAUCAUGGGUACUCUUUCCGAGGGCCAGAAGAGCCGUAUUGUGUUCGCUCUGCUCGCCAUCGAGUCUCCCAACAUGAUCCUGCUGGACGAGCCUACCAACGGUCUCGAUAUCCCCACCAUCGACUCCUUGGCUGAUGCCAUCAACGCUUUCCAUGGUGGCGUGGUGGUUGUGUCCCACGAUUUCCGGCUGUUAGACAAGAUCGCCAAGGACAUCAUGGUCUGUGAGCACAAGACUGUCCGUCGCUGGGACGGCAGCAUUGGCUCAUACAAGAAGUACCUCCGUGACAAGAUGGUUUCUGCUGGUGCUGUCUAA